AUGUCAUCGUCAAUACCGGUACAGGCCAAUGGCAAUGAAUAUGACAAUGUCGAAUCCGAAGUGUCGGAACGAAUGAGACUAAUACCGGUAAAGGCGCCUUCGCACGAAGCUGAUGGCAACAAGAAAACGAAAGCUCGAUCCGAUCAGAAGGGGACGACUGUUGCCCUCUCGGUAGCGAUGCUUGUGCAGUCAUAUCUUUUGGUCAGUGUCUUUCCCUAUUCGGGUUUCUUGGCUAUGUUUUUGAUUCCAGGUUUGAAUGAGGAAACAGCCGGAAGGUAUGCAGGACUGGUGGCAUCGUCAUUCAUGUUUGGAAGAACGUUCAGUUCAUUUCAGUGGGGGAAGGCAGCGGAUGAAUAUGGUCGAGUCUUUGUUAUUCGCGCUUCACUACUCUUAUCUGCAGCCUUCUCUAUCUGCUUUGGUUUAGCGCCGAGUUUUCGAUCAGCUCUGGUAUGGAGAUUCAUUCUAGGCUUGAGCAAUGGUUUGAUGGGGCCCAUCAAGACAAUUGUGAGUGAAGUGACUCAUGGCGAUCAGAAAAAAGAGACUAGAACGAUGGGGAUUGUCAUUGGAAUGUGGGGUUAUGGAUUUCUGAUAAAUCCUGCAAUAGGUGGAUACUUGAGCGACCCUGUAAAGCAGUACCCAAACACGCUAUUUGUUGAAUGGUUCGAGCCAAUCUUGAGCCGAUACCCGUUCUUGCUCCCGAAUGUGGUUGGCUGUUUGUUGUGCCUGGUGGCCUUUUUCAUGGUAGGUCGCUUUGUACAAGAAACAUUACCAGAGGAGAAGCUGCGGCCAUUCAGCCUAUGGGCUUCAAUCAAAUCCAAAUGCAGCUUGUGUUUCCCUCGCCAACAACCAGCUUUUAUCCGUCGGGUAUCCUCGUGGGGGCUUUUCAAACAUAUGCAUCCAACUGAGGGUGAAAUGUCGGACGAAUUUAUAUCGGCUGACGAACGAAAGGAUGCCUUGCCAAAAUGGAUCUCGCCAUCACCAUCCACAUCAUCACUAGUAUAUAUGUCCAGACUACCAUCACCACAAAAGCCUAGUCGUGAUGACGAGCAAUUGUUGACAGAGACAACAUCUGCUAGAGAAGACGAGGAGCCAGCUACCAUUCGCUCACUUUGGAACCGGAUACCAACUCGUCGGCAUUUGUUGGUAUACUGGAUGUACUCAUUCUUGGUGAUUUCUGUCGACGAAACCUUUCCUCUGUAUUGUAUAUCAAAAGAAUCUGGUUUGGCGGUCCAAGAAAAAAACAUUGGAGACAUAUUAUCAAGUACUGGGAUCUUCUACGUCACGCUUCAAUACUUCCUCUUGACGACCUUGGUGAACCGUCUGGGACUGUAUCCAGCAAUGCGGAUAGGAGCUAUCAUGAGCAUUCCGGUUUGCUGUUUGAUGCCAAUAACCCUCAUUACAAUCAAAGGAGCACCAGAAGGACAAGUGAACUGGCCGACUCUUGCCCACAUCAGUAUUACGUACGCUGUGAUAAGGGCUUUUUCAACAGUGACAUUUUCAACUUUGACAAUGUCAACAAACAAGACAGUCCCAUCUCACCAUCGAGCUACAAUGAACGGGUUGUCAAUGCUAGGAGGUUCGUUGGCAAAGGCUGCUGGGCCAACUUUUGCAGGGUUUCUCUUUUCUACCAGCGUGACCAAUAUUGUUCCGCCAUAUGGAUCGGUUGUAGCCUAUUUCGUAAUUUCCUUGUUGGGUGUCGGAUUGUUCAUUCAAACUUUACUAUUGACACCUUCAGCUGGAAUGAGUAAGUAG